AUGGCCAGCAGCUUUUUAAUAAUAGGCAUGAUCAUCGUAACACAGACCGUGGUUGGAAUUCUGGGGAAUUUCUCACUCCUUUGCAGUUAUAUCAUCCUUCAUUUCAUGGGUUAUAGGUUAAGGUCCACAGACUUGCUCCUUAAGCACCUGAUUGUGGCCAACUCCUUGGUCCUCCUCUGUAAAGGAGUCCCACACACAAUGGCAGUCUUUGGGUGGAAGCAUAUGUGUAGUGAUGUUGGCUGCAAACUUCUCUUCUUUCUGCACAGAGUGGGGAGGGGAGUGUCCAUCAGUAGCAUCUGCCUCUUGAGUGUCUUUCAGGUGAUCACGAUUAGUCCCUGGAACUCCAGGUGGGCAGCACUGAAAGUAACAGCUCCCAAGUACAUGGUUCUCUCUAUUUUCCUGUGUUGGAUCCUGCAAAUGCUGGUAAAUGUAGUUUUUCCUUUCAAUAUGACUGGCAAAUGGAGUGGCAUAAACAUCAUGGAGGAAAGAGAUUUUGGCUACUGUAUUUCUAUUGUUACUGGAAAAACUGAUGAUGCUAUGUAUGCAGCAUUGCUAUUAUUCCCUGAUGUUUUAUGUUUGGGGCUCACGCUCUGUGCUGGCAGCUCCAUGGUUCUCAUCCUGUACAGACAUAAGCAGCAGGUCCAGCACAUUCGUAGGACCGACGCCUCCUCCAGGUGCUCCCCUGAGUCCAGAGCUACUAAAUUCAUCCUUCUCCUCGGGAGCACCUUUGUCUACUUUUAUAUUCUUUCCUCCAUCUGUCAAGUUCUUUUGGCUCUUUUUGGUCAGCCCAGCCAGUUCCUUGUGGACAUCACUAUAAUCAUUGCAGCGUGUUUCCCAACUGUCAGCCCCUUUCUGCUCAUGAGCCAUAACUCCAGUGUACACAGGCUCUAUUUUGCCGGGAUAAGAAAUGCAAAGUCCUCUACUAUUAUGAGAAAAGUGUAA